AUGUCGUACCCCCCAGUUCAGACCAUGGCCGCGCCGGCGUACGGCGUGCCAGUUGAGGGCGGCUACGGCGCGGGGCCCGCCCUGGAUGCGCUGCAGAAGUUUGAGCAGUUGGUGGGCAACGUCGACUCGCUCCUGAUCCGGCAGAAGGCGCACCUGCUCGAGGCGGUGACGCAGGGGUGUGUCGAGCGGCGCAACGAGUACAAUAUCUUCGACGCGGCGAACCCCCAGGUCCCGAUCCUCUACGUGCAGGAGCACAGCGAGUGCUGGGACCGCAUGUGCUGCGCCCCGCAGAACAGCCUGGUCCUCACGGUGCACGCGCGGGACAAGUUCGGGGAGGUGCUCCUGACGAUCGAACGGGAGGGGUGCAACUGCUGCAAGUGCACCAAGUGCACCAACUGCUUCGCGUGCAACGACCGGUGCCGCGACCAGUUCACCGUGCACGUCGGCGACGUCGGGGCCCAGCCGGGCGUCCUCCUACCCGCGAACGCGCCGUCCCAGCUCGGGUACGCCCGGCAGCCCAAGGGCGGGGGGGGCUUCAAGCCGACCAUCCAGGUGAUGGACCGCGGCGACCCGAAGGCGACCGAGGCCGCGCCGAGCGCGACGGCCACGGGCCCGUGCAUCACGGGCGGGUGCAGCGAGGCCUGCGUCACCUCGGUGUUCCCCGUGCUCAACAGCAGCCACGAGCAGCUGGCCACCAUCCGCAAGCUGCGCCCGCGGACGUGCGGCGACAUGAUCAAGGAGUGCUGCACGGACGCGGACAACUUCGAGGUCGCGUUCCGGAAGGGCACGUCGGCGCGCGAGAAGGCGCUGCAGUUCGCCACGGUCUUUAUGCUCGAUUUCCAGCUGUUCGAGCUGGACAACGGCAUGUGCAAGUGCAAGGACGGCGGCCUGUACAUCACCCUCUGCAACAUAUACUGCUACGGCUGCCUCUGCCCCUGCGUGUGCGUGCUCAAGGGCAACGACGGGUAG